CAACAGGGUCAGAAGCUGACAAAGAAGCUGGGAGGAUACACCACUUAUUCUGCGAGUUUAAUUGUUUUCGGAGCAGAUGGAGCUGUAAAGAUGCAGUUUAUUUGAUUCAUGGGUUAACAGAGAAGACGAAAUAACUAGUAUGGAGAGUGCGAAUAUGGCUGGAAGAAAUGUACAGACAUACACGCUUGAAAACAAGAACACUCUAAGAAAGCUUGCCACAUUGCGUAAUGAAGGCCAACUUUGUGAUCUGAUGUUUAUAUUCCCAGAUGGCAGUCAGAUUGAAGCCCAUAAAGCAAUAGUAUGCCAGUACAGUAGUGUCAUCAAAGCCAGAUGUGUGGACAUUGACCAACAUAAGUUACAAGUCCUAUGUACUGAUAUAGACAAUGAACAGGCGAUAAAUCCUAGUAUCUUGAAUAUCAUGCUGGAUUAUAUCUACGGACUGAGUAUAACUAUACGACAUGAAUAUAUCCAAGAUAUCAUGAGGCUUGCUAUUAAACUUAACAUUCCUGAAUUUCUUGGUGACUGUGAUAAGAUUCUUUUUGAGAAUAAAGCACUUGGCCCAUCUGAUCUAAUGAUUAAUGCACAGAACAUCAAACAAGAACAGACAGGGUCUGGCUAUGAAACUGGGCAAGUGUCAGACUUUGGCAUGGCUGAUCAGCCCCUUGUUACACCUAGUACAAGUUUUGAUGGUGCAAAUCUUCAGGAACCGAUUGACGAAAAGGCUGCUAAACCCCCUGGUAGAAGGAAGAGAAAGGCUACCAAAGUUGUUAAAGCAAGUGUAGAGCAGUUACCCGAGCCCCAAUCAGAUGAAGAUGAUGAUAUGAUGGAUAACCCACUAGAUGAUGACACUGAUGAGUAUGAAGCUGACAACUUCACUGCUAUCAAAGCUGAGGAAGCUGACAGUGAUUACAAUGAAUCAGCUUCUCCUAAGAAAAGGAAAAGGUCAAAAGCUAAGAAGACUACAGUUUCAACUAAAAGGAGCCACCAAAAGAAAACAGCCACACUUGAUCCACUGUUUUGUAAGGAAUGUGAUCAAAAGUUUGAUGCCUACAAAGAUGCUGCUGAACAUCAUAAAGGGGUGCAUAACCUCAUUGUUUGUGAUGUCUGUGCAAAGAUAUUUGACAAUGAGGCUGAUCUCCGUCGUCACAGUGUGCUUCAUUCUGGAAAUCCCCCUCGGAUCAGAAUAAAUCAGGCGGGGAAGGCAGUGUUUCAAUGUGAUGUAUGCGAUAAACAAUUUGCUAUAGAACCAAGGUGCUUGCUGCGGAAUCAUUCAUUCAAGGCAAAUUCAACCCGUCGUUAUAUAGAGCACCUUAAGACUCACCAUGGUGAUAGACCCAUGAUAUGUAAGAUAUGUGGAGUUGGUAAGCGUACCAUGUCUGUGUAUCUACUCCACCAAGACAUGCACCUGGGAAUGUCAGUUCAUGUAUGCAGGCUCUGUAACAAGUCAUUCCAACACAGAGACAGCCUAGGGACCCACCUUAACCAUAUACAUAAUGAAGAAUAUAAACGAAAGGCUCAACGAAUAUGUGAAAAGUGUGGCAAGUUGUGCAAAUCAAGAGCAGCGUACAUGUACCAUAAAAAAUCUGCCCAUGAUGAGGCUGGACCUGUUAUAUGUGAUGUAUGCAACAAAGAGUUCUCAAACAAUCAUAAACUUCGGGCCCAUUAUGCCUACCAUCAGAAAACAGUACUAUGUCCUGAAUGUGGCAAGCAGUUCACAUAUAAGUCUAAAUUACAGCGUCAUAUCAGGCAGAUGCACUCUAUAAAAGCCAAGUCAGGGAUACCAUGUGAAAUCUGUGCAGUGAUGUACUCUGAUAAAGUGGCCCUUGCUGAACAUAUGAGUACAGACCAUAUGACAAAACCUAUGGAUUCAAGUUUUACGAACAAUUUUUACCAUUCCACAUCUAAUUUCUUGGAUAGCAACCCUACGUAUGUUGGUAGUAAUAAUUGAACUUACUUGUACUUGCAGUGUAUAAAAACUACUAACCUUGUAUAAUUUAUCUUUUAUGACUAAAUCUUAUAUGAUACAUUUGAUGGUCAAAAAGCAAGGUAAAUGGCAAAUUAGGGACAAUAUCUGAUGGAUGCUUUAUGCUUAUCAGAAAGAAACAUUCGUAAUAUUCACUACAAAUACUUGGAUUAGCCUAUUCAACAGCUUACCGUUACUUCUACUUAUCUACCUCUUUAUUUUCUAUUACAUACACUAAUUUACAAUAAUUGAUUAAAUACAAUGCAUUUGAAUUUAUUUUAAAC